AUGGCAGAAACUUUACCACCUCAUCGCAAGUACGAUUGUCCAAUUGAGUUAAUACCAGGGUCAUCCAUACCGUUUGGACACCUAUACCCACUCAGCCCGCCAGAGUUGGCACAUUUGAAAGAAUAUCUUGAAGAAAAUCUGAGGAAAGGAUUUAUCAGACCGUCUACCUCACCCGCGGGAGCGGGAAUGUUCUUCGUAAGGAACAAGGACUCGUCUUUAAGACCUAUCAUAGACUAUCGAGAACUCAAUAAAAGAACAAUCAAAAACAGAAGACCAUCACCAAACUAUCAGGUUGGAGAUCUUGUUUGGUUAUCCACCAAGAAUUUAAAACUGCAAGUACCCAGUAAAAAACUUGGUAGUCUGUUUAUUGGACCCUUUCCUAUUGCCAAGGUCGUUAACCAGAAUGCAGUCACUUUGACAUUGCCUCCAUCAUCAAAACUUCAUCCAACCUUUCAUGUAUCACUACUGAAACCGACAAAACCAACUAGAGUAUCUACUCCAAAUGCUUCAUCUACUUCAGUUCCUUCCGAUUUUCUGGAGUAUGAAGUUGAAAGUCUGGUGGAUUCUAGGAUUUCCAGGGGCGAACUCCAGUAUUUGGUGCGCUGGAAGAACUACACCGAGGAAGAUGACACCUGGGAACCCUCCUCUAAUCUUUCCGCUCCUAAGUUGGUGGCACGAUUCCAUAGGCGAAAUCCGGAUCGUCCCCGGCCUCAAGAUUCUCCCCCAGGCAAGGUGAGAGCAGCAGUGGAAAAGGCCAUUGACGUUGGUUACAGACACUUUGACUGUGCCUAUGUGUAUCUGAAUGAGAACGAGGUGGGAGAGGGCAUCCAGGAGAAAAUCAAACAAGGGGUGGUGAAGAGAGAGGACCUGUUUGUCGUAAGCAAGCUGUGGUCAACUUUCCACGAGAAGUCCCUAGUGAAGGAAGCUAUUCAGAAGACUCUCUCUGCGCUGAAGCUGGAUUAUUUGGAUCUCUAUCUUAUCCACAUUCCAGCAGGAUUUAAGGCUGGUGAUGAAGUAUUACCCAGUGAUGAGAAAGGGAUGGUUAUUGCAAGUGACACCCAUUUCUUGGACACAUGGGAGGCAAUGGAAGAGCUGGAGGAUAAUGGAUUAGUAAAAGCCAUUGGCAUCUCAAACUUUAACCAUGAUCAGAUUGAGCUACUCCUGAAUAAGCCAGGCUUAAAAUACAAACCCGCUGUUAACCAGAUUGAGUGCCAUCCGUACCUGACUCAGAGAAAGCUAAUACCAUAUUGCCAGGCAAAAGGAAUUGCAGUCACUGCCUAUAGCCCCUUUGGAUCUCCAGACCGACCUUGGGCCACACCAGAAGAUCCAUCUCUUUUUGAGGAGCCAAAAAUUAAAGCAAUAGCUGCAAAGCAUAAGAAGACUUCAGCCCAGAUUUUGAUCCGUUUCAACAUCCAGAGAAAUGUAGUUGUCAUCCCCAAAUCUGUAACUCCAGAGAGAAUUGAAGAGAAUUUCAAGGUGUUUGACUUUGAACUGUCUCCUAAAGAAAUGGAAACAAUCUUUAGCUUUGAGAGGGGAUGGAGGGCGUGCCCGUUAAUAUUCGCCAAAAAUCACAAGGAUUAUCCCUUUGAUGCGGAAUAUUGAGCAAGAUUUACAGCAGUUUGUAGUGAUGUUUUCCCGUGAUGUAUUCACUUUAAUGACUCCCCAUUCAUUUUUUUAUUUUAGUUUCCAGUUAAACAUAGAAGUAACCACUGGUGCCUUUAGGGGAGUGUUUAAAGGCACAGUAAUAUUUUUAGCUGUGCAUAAUAAAGCUUGAAGCUUAUAUCUGUUUAGGGGAAUGUUCUGAUAUAGAUAGAUAGAUAGAUAGAUAGAUAGAUAGAUAGAUAUUGUGGAAGUGUAUUCUUUUAUUUAAAAAAUGUGAUUUGGAUUUUAAACUGCACCACCUAAAAUUACUUUUGGAGAGGGAGACUUUGAUGAUCAUUAAAAAAAAAACACAGAGUGGAGGUGCUAAAUAUUCAUUUGUUUACUGUCGCUUUAAGUAAUAAGCAUCUCUUAGCUGACCAAGUGUCUAAGUCAAAUUACAACAAUGUGGAUUUAUAAUUUGCUCUCUUAGCGUAUCCCCACGUAUGUUUCUACAAUUUGUAGUGUUACAACCUAGAAUUGAAAGGGAUUUUUUUUUUUUGGGGGGGGGGGAGGAAAUAAUACUGUUUGAUUUACACAACAUACCUUAUGAAAGCACAAAAUAUGUUUUUUGUGACAGGAAAGUUAUUUAAAGUAAAUUAAUCAAAAUAUAAGAAAAUGAAACAAAAAAACCCCCAGACAUAUGUUGUUUCAUAAAUGUUUACACCCAUAGCUAAUCAAACCUAGUGCAACCAGUUGCCUUAAAAAUCAUAUAAUUAGCUAAACGGAAUCCACCUGACCUGUGUGUAAUUAUAGUGUGAUACAAGGCUACAUUUGUUGAUGCUUAUUACACUAUUGAGGUGUCUUGUUCAGCUGAGAUCAUGAUAGAAAACUCAUUGAGCCUCAUUUCAUCUAAGUUUUUAGUGGCUGUUCCUAUCGUUAACAUCUACAGUUACUUUAAAUGUCCCAGUACUUAUCGCACAUCGUAGAUGUAAACUGCUAGAAAUGCAGAAAAAUAAUGGCUGAUCAAAUGAACUACACAUAGAACAAAGCCAACAGUGCUCAUUACCCUGAGAACACAUCCCUUCGGUAAAGCAUUAUGAUGGUAGGGAAUGGUUUUCAACUGCAGGAAUUAGAAAAUUGGCCAGGAUUGAUGGCAAGCUGUAUGGAGACAAAUACAGUUCAAUUCUGGAUGGAAAACUUGUUUCAGUCUGUAAAUACCUGAAACUGGGACAGAAGUUCACAUUAUAGCAGGAUAAUAAUCCUAUAUUUGCAACCAAAGCUACACUUGGGGCUCGAUUUAUCAAGCCCUUCUCCCCACUUUGACACACAAGCGAACCUCCAGUCAGGAUUUAUCAAGCAGCGGUUAUGAGACUGCUGCUUCCCUGCCCUGUUCUCCACCUCUUAGGUCGAGAAUUUCCACACAAGCUCUUGUCCGACCAUCUUCUCCUGUGACGGAUAGCAAGAUUACCAUUGCAUACGAGCGGGCAAGAAAAAUGGUAAAAAAAAUAUAGGCUCUAGAUGUACAAACGCGAUAGAUACUUACCCCAAAAGACAUAAAGCUGUAAUUGCAGUAAAUUGUGGUUCUACCAAGUCACUAUAAAUUAAAUUGUACUAUUACAUUGUUAUGUAUGUUCUGUAAAUCCAAUAAAGUCAAUUGUAAUUCCAGGUUGAAAGUGA